AUGAGGAUGGCCGUGGGUUCCGUCAAGAUGCAGCCGCCGUGCGAGAGCCCGGCUCUGGCCGCAGUGGCGGCCGUGGCGGCGGCGGACGGCGCCCUGCGCCGCAGCCCCAGCGCGCGCGAGCCGGAGCGCGAGCAGCUGCCGGUGGCUCCGCGGCCGCGGCUGCGGGACCUGCCGGCGCUGCUGCGGAGCGGGCUCACCCUGCGGAGGAAGCGCAGCGCCGCCGGGGGCCGGACUCUAUCAAGAAGAAUUUCCAAUCCAUACCUCGAACAUACUCCAUCCCAGAUUUAUGGGGAGAAUUCUUCUUGUGCAGGAAGAGCGUUGCGGAAUAUUAUCAUCGUUCAGGCAGCUGACCUGAUAAAGGACAGAGCGAACCUCAAGGGGUUUUAUAGGAGAAGCUGCGUUGGGUCAGAACUGGUCGACUGGCUUCUAGAACACUGUCCUUUCGUCCAGUGCAGAUCUAUGGCCAUAGGGGUCUGGCAGCUCCUGCUGGACAUGGGGAUUCUCUCAUCAGUGGACCAGCAUUUGUACUUUCAGGACAGCUAUGCUUUCUACCAGUUCUCAUCUGACGAGUGUAGCUACUUGUACUGUGAGUUUGAGAGAGAAGAGGAGUGGCAGAACGGUGUCAGACUCUUACUGCAGCUUGUGCCUCUCAUUCCCAGUCGAGCUGGCAUCUGUGAACUAUCUCAUCAGAAAAUUGAAGACUCAGAAGAGAGCAGUGAUGAAAUUCUUGCCCGUCUAACGUCUGCGGUGCAGAGAGAGCUAGCAGCUGUUAUUGCUUUGAAAGCAAGGAAGUCUGCACUUGCACAAGAUGAAGAAAACAGUGACAAACACGUGACUGUGACAGAGGCUGAAGCUGCUGCAGAUCCUCAGGCCGGCAUGAUGUGCAAACUUCAGGAGAGAGAUGAUAUCGGGAGAAUUGAACUGGUCCAGAAGCUGGCAAGAGAAAGCUGUCAGUUUUUGCAGGCGGACAAAAGAGAACAGGAGAAAUCUGAACACCAGGAUGAUGAAGUGUCGACGGUUGAGGUGAAGGAGCAGGACCAGAAUGUCCUGGUGCUGAAGAAAGUGCAGAGCUGCGGCCCAGCCCCCCAGGCGGGGAGCGCCGAGAGCGAUUGGAGAUACGUGGUCGUGUCCGGGACCCCGGAGAAGAUCUUGGAGCACCUUUUGAAUGACUUGCACCUGGAAGAAGUCCAGGACAAAGAAACAGCGACUCUCCUUGAUGACUUCCUUCUCACGUACACAGUCUUCAUGACAACUGACGACUUGUGCCAGGCGCUGUUGAGGCACUAUUCUGCUAAGAAGUAUCAAGGCAAAGAAGAAAAUUCAGAUGUUCCUUGUCGAAAACGGAAGGUCUUGCAUCUUGUUUCCCAGUGGAUUGCUCUCUACAAAGACUGGUUACAUGAAGAUGAACAUUCAAAAAUGUUUUUAAAGACCAUAUACAGGAAUGUGCUGGAUGAUGUCUAUGAAUACCCAAUCCUUGAAAAAGAGCUGAAAGAAUUUCAGAAGAUACUUGGAAUGCACCGUCGUCACACUGUAGAUGAAUACUCACCGCAAAGGAAGAAUAAAGCCCUUUUCCACCAAUUCAGUCUGAAGGAGAACUGGCUGCAGCACAGAGGAACUGUGACAGAAAGUGAGGAAAUUUUUUGCCACGUGUACAUAACGGAGCACUCCUAUGUCAGCGUGAAGGCCACUGUUUCCAGUACAGCCCAAGAGAUCCUGAGGGUUGUAGCAGAAAAGAUCCAACACGCAGAAGAGGAUCUGGCUCUGGUAGCCGUCACCUUCUCUGGGGAAAAGCAUGAGCUUCAGCCAAACAACUUGGCCAUCUCCAAAUCCCUUGAUGCCUCUGGUCGGAUAUAUGUCUACCGGAAAGACCUGGCUGACACUUUGAAUCCAUUUGCAGAAAAUGAGGAAUCACAGCAAAGGUCGAUCAGGAUUUUGGGAAUGAACACUUGGGAUCUUGCUCUGGAAUUAAUGAAUUUUGAUUGGAGCCUUUUCAAUUCAAUUCACGAGCAAGAGCUGAUCUACUUCACAUUCAGCAGACAAGGAAGCGGGGAGCACACAGUGAACCUGAGCCUGCUGCUCCAGAGAUGCAAUGAGGUCCAGCUCUGGGUGGCCACGGAGAUUCUGCUCUGCAGCCCACUGGGCAAGCGAGUGCAGCUGGUGAAAAAAUUCAUCAAAAUUGCUGCUCACUGCAAAGCCCAGAGAAACCUGAACUCCUUCUUUGCUAUCGUGAUGGGUCUCAACACUGCUUCUGUGAGCCGGCUGUCUCAGACCUGGGAGAAAAUCCCUGGGAAGUUUAAGAAACUUUUCUCUGAACUUGAAAGUUUAACAGAUCCUUCCCUGAAUCACAAAGCCUACCGAGACGCAUUCAAGAAAAUGAAGCCACCCAAAAUCCCCUUCAUGCCGUUAUUGCUUAAAGAUGUAACAUUUAUUCAUGAGGGAAAUAAAACAUUUCUGGAUAAUCUUGUCAACUUUGAAAAACUGCAUAUGAUCGCCGACACUGUCCGAACCCUGAGACACUGCAGGACUAACCAGUUUGGAGGCGACAUGUCUCCAAAAGAGCACCCGGAGUUAAAGUCCUACGUGCAUCACCUGUACAUCAUUGACAGCCAGCAAGCCCUGUUUGAGCUCUCGCACAGGAUUGAGCCGCGGGUAUGAGCCCCACCACACACUGCCUCGCCUCCCCCGGAACCGCAGCGCCAAGCGUGUUAUGUUCCUGCAAGAAAAGUUGCUGAGUUUUAUCAGCGUAUCACAAUAAGAUGCACACAGCAAAGCCAGCCAGAGCGUACUCAGGAAGUGAUGUCAGCCACCUGAGUUGGGGAGCGGCUGCUAUCGAAAGGAGACGGCAGAAGAGGAGGCAGAAACUUUCUCGAAAUGAGAAGUCUGGCUUUUUAGGAUCACCAUGUCGAGCCAAUCCAUUGUUCACUUUGCGACGUUCAGCGUCAAGGCAGGAGGCCGCCCCUUGUCAUACGGUGACCAGACAGCUCGGUUAGAGUGCACAGCGGGGAGCUUUACUUGGCCUGGCAGUAGAUGGCUGUUUAUAGGCUGUCAAAGUAGGAGCUCGUUUGAACACUCAAAGACAGUGAUGGCAUCUCUUGGUUUCUAUGGAGAUGGACUGGUUUCCAUCGUUACAAACUAGGACAUCACCAAAAGCUACUUGUGUCUAAGGAGGCAGUGAGCACGGGCAGCUGCCACGCCUGCUCUAAUCUCCAGAAGAGAAAUGUCGAGGCAUGCAUUUCUUAGCAGCUCAGUCACUUAGUGCUGUAUGCUUGUGGGUAAAAUUCAUCUCUGCACAACUUGAUUUACAGCUGUAAGUGAGUUAGACUAAGUUGCUUUGCCAAUAUGGAAAAAUAGUCAUCUUUAAGAAACUGACUCACUGUUUACUUUCUGGGGAUUUUCUUUACAUGUGCGGACAGGCUCUCAUCUCUCCUCAAAUACAGUACAAUUUUUGACAAAAGCACAGUGCCUGCCACGUCGCAGGCACUCUGUAACUGUUUCUGGGGGUGACAGUCACAAAAGUCCAUCUUCUUGCUCCUGGCAGUGCCCUCGUGUUCUCACGCUACGGCCACCUCGUGCCUACACUCUGGAAUGAGGACCGCCAGUACAGGGGGUCUACCUGGGAUUUGAUGUGUGGAGCACUUAGCGCUCCCUGGAGGAGAAGAAGGGAUAUAAAACAGUGGCAAUGGCCUGUCUCUCAGCAGAUGAAAAGAGCCCCCAGAGAUCCAAAUAUCUGAUUUAUGUUGGACACUUAGAAGUCCUGUAGCCCACCUCCCAACCAAGGCAGGGGGCCUUUCUAUAAUUUGCCUCUUUUUUCUUCUCAAAGCCUCAGAGUCUUUUAGAUCUCUUUUUAUUUCCAUUUUUAGAGAUUGGGGCUCCUACGAUAAAUAAGACCUCUGGCUGUUCUCACGAACUGGUUUGCUGCAACCUUCAAAUGAACAAAAAAAACCUGUGGGAAACAAUAUUGAAAUCCAUCCCUGUCAGCCAGAUCCUUGUCACUCCGCUUAAAUACAAAGUUCCUGCUUCCCAUAUUAGGUCCAUUCAUUUCCACACGUGUGACCCUGGCGCCCCUCUCGCCAGCCCUGGCAGCUCCUCUCCUCGGUGCCUGUACAGAACUGCUUCCUCGCCUCUCAUCAGCACUUCAGCACUGAGAUGUGUCCAGGGCUUUCCGACACCUUCGUAGCAGCGCUGUUUCCUGGGCUUGGCAACCACGCUGACCUGGAGAGAUCACUCGAAAGAACCACAUGGAGCAAAUUUGGGGAGGACUUUGAGAGAGAGUCUGUCCCAUUGCGUCCUUCAGUCCUGACAAUGAACAGGGCUUGACAGAAAGGCACCAUCCUGGGCUGGUCCAUUCAGAGAAAUGCCCCAGGCAGCUGGGAAUGGAAUGAGACUCACUGGAAGAGAUCAGAACCAGGGAAAAGCAAUUUCUCUCGAGGCUGAUCAAACAGUGAGGUGCUCCCCUUGGCGAUUACUGGUGACGGUGUGGGCUGUCAGCACCAGUGCGUGUUUUGGUCUUUUCUCUGUUCUUGGGGAGUAGCAUUUAGCCAUUCUGAUCCUGUGAGGCUGUUUUGACAUCAUCUCUGUGUUUUAGAGUUUGAGUGAUUAUUCGCAUUAGACUUAACUGCUCCGUCUAGAACUACUGCAGUUGCCCCAGUGGAGAACUAUUUCAGCACAGCACCUGCUACUUGGACCUCAGCUCAGAUAUGUGCAUGGCCAAACAAAUCCACAUGUACGUCAGGCCCAAACAGAUUCUGAGGGUGUAUUCAGUUUACCCCCAUGUGG